AUGGAGGCCCUUUUUUCUAUACCGAUGCUGUCUGUCUUCCUCAUCCCAGUCCUAUCAUCCUACAGCACCAGCCUGAACCUCCUGUUCUUCUACAUGACUUGGUCAACGCUGGUACUGUCGCAUUCCCGACUCCGCGUGGAACUGUUCGGAACGAUCGCAGUGCGAGUACUCUUCUACGCACUGCCAUCCAUUGUCUUCUUCCUCUUCGAUAUCCUGACACCGUCCGCCGCGGUUCUCAUCAAGGCGCAUGGCGCGACCGGCUUGCCGGGUGGGAGGAGGCGACGUCGGAUCCGUGUGAAGGAACUCAAGAUCGCCGGGUGGGCACUGUUCAAUUUAUUCUUGGGUAUCGCUAUGCAGGGGGUGCUUGAGACGGUACUUGUCCGGACGCUCGGCAAGCGCAGUGCGCUUAAGGUAUCGCUGAAGCUUCCUAUGCCAUUUGAGAUAUGUAGGGAUUUGAGCCUGGCGAUGCUGGGGCGAGAAUUCCUCACAUAUGUCCUCCACCGCUAUGCUCUCCACUCGAAGUGGUCUCCUAUGCUUGCCAGAUGGCACCGGUCUUGGUAUCAUUCGUUGCCUGCGCCGUUCCCAUUGUCCGCGCAUUACGACCACCCGGUUCCCUAUCUGGUUACCAAGUUCAUCCCGACCUAUGCGCCAGCCAUCAUCUUCCGCUUCCAUAUGCUUACAUAUCUUUUGUACCUACUGUUUAUCUCUGUCGAGGAGACCUUCGCAUACUCUGGAUAUACUGUCAUGCCGACAAACUUAUUUUUGGGUGGGAUCGCCCGUCGCACUGAUAUGCAUGUGUUGAUGGGUGCAAGGGGCAAUUUUGGCCCAUGGGGUAUUCUGGACUGGAUUUUUGGUACUGCUGUUGGAGACUCGCAUACCGACGAUGAGAGUGAUGAGGCAGAUGAGCGGGAUAUUCGGAAAUUGUAUGAUGCUUCGAAGCGAAAGGCUGUAUCUGGGUCUUCGGGAAAGACAAAGCGACGAUGA